AUGGGACUGACUCCUGUGUACGCCAUUACCGUGGCACUCACUGCCACCCUGGCGCGACGAAUCGGAACCGGACCCGGUCUGGCCAGUGCGCUAAACACACAAGCAAAGGUGUGCCAGGACAGUUGGUGGAAAAAUCUGUUAUACAUCAAUAACUUCACCGACAUCUUUAGCUUGUGCAUUGGCCAGUCCUGGUACCUGCCCGUAGACUUCCAGCUAUUCCUAGCUGCACCAUUCAUGAUGUUGCCAUACGUCUACAACAAGAAGAUCGGCGCCGCCUGGCUGGCACUCCUGGCCGCAGGCUCGGUGGCCGUGCCUGCCGUCAUCACCUACCAAGAGGAUCUCCCGCCCACCGAUCUGUUCUUCAACAUCAACUCGAUACCGAAAGCGCAACAGUUUUUCGAGGACUUCUACAUCAAACCGUGGUGUCGGGCUUCGCCUUACAUCGUCGGCAUCGGGAUGGGUCUGCUUCUGCACCACAUCAAGGCUAACAAGAUCACCAUCAGAAUACCCGCCGCCGUCAACGUAGCGAUGUGGGCGCUGAUGUCGGCCACGGGCCUGGUGAUCGUGUACGGCACGCACCAGUGGAACAAGGACCCGACGGCCACCUGGACCACAGCCGAGGCCGUGUCCUACGGCUCGCUACACCGUCUCGCCUGGGGCAUAGCCCUCAGCUGGGUGGUGUUCGCCUGCGUCAACGGAUACGGAGGAUUCGCAAACAUGCUGCUGUCAUUCAAAGGCUUCAUCCCGCUUGGCCGACUGACCUACACCACCUACUUAGUGGCCGUGCAGGUGCAGACCUGGUACUUUUCCUCCUUCAAGGGUACGGCGCGCUACGGCAACACCAUCAUGGUGUUCACCUUCCUGAGUAACCUGAUUGUCUCCACGGCGAUCGCCGCCGUCCUCUCCCUCUGCUUUGAAUCUCCGAUGAUGAGCAUAGAAAAGAUCAUCUUUCCACAAAGAAGGACGAAAACGGGACCUAGUGAAACAACACCUAAAGACCUGGCUUCUGCGGGACCAGCGCCCGGAGAAACACCCCAUGAGUCAAGAACCAGGCUCUAGGAGACUACAGCUGGCGUGCCAAACACAGAUAAAAGUGGCGUGUCUAUUCUGUUUGUACAUUAUUGCUACCGUAAGUUAACCAGCUUAUCAAAGCAUUUAGCAAAGAUGAGCAUCUGUUUUAACAAGGCGUUCACCAUCUCGGAGAAUGCAAUAAGUAUCAAGCACGUAUGGUUUAGUGAUGCAGUGCCACGGUGUGCUCGCUGUGCGCUGUGCGCUACGCGUCAGGCCGCCUUAACCACAAAGGACAAAGUCUCAAACAGCAACUAUGUGUGGGUUGCGGCCAGUGCGGCCUAUAAUGCGACACAUAAACAAUUAUUUGUCAUGGAAGACUUGUACCAGUCACAACUUUGAUAAGGUCGAUGAUGCAUGUGGUUGAUAUCUCUGAUUGUUGGAUAUAUUAAUGAAUAAAUGAAACAUGGUUGAA